UGCUACCCAGGCAUCACCCAGAGCAGCAGCGGGAGGAGGCGCCAGGCAGGCAGCCGGCCGGCCGGCUUCCAGGCAUCUCUGUGCGCUCCGAGCUCCUUCCACACCCCCAACUCCGAGCAGAGAGCGAACCGGCUCCCCAUCCCCUGUGCUCCUGCCCCGCAGCCCCGGGACCAAGCCAUGAAGCAGGCUCUGAUGGAAGUCAUGAGGAUGAACAGGAUUUGCAGGAUGGUCUUGGUCACUUGCUUCGGAUCCUUUAUCCUGGUCAUCUUCUAUUUCCAAAGUAUGUUGCAUCCAGUAAUACGUAGAAAUCCAUUUGGAAUGGACAUCUGUUGUCGGAAGGGGUCAAGAAGCCCGCUCCAGGAACUGUACAAUCCCAUCCAGUUGGAGUUGUCUAACACAGCAAUCCUUCAUCAGAUUAGGAGAGACCAAGUCACAGAUAUAUGUCGAGCCAACAGCAUGUCUAGCAGGAAACGCCGUGUGCUGACACCCAACGAUCUCAAACAUUUGGUGGUGGAUGAAGAUCAUGAAAUGAUCUAUUGUUAUGUACCCAAGGUGGCCUGUACAAACUGGAAGAGAGUCAUGAUGGUCUUGACAGGAAGGGGCAAAUACAGCGACCCCAUGGAAAUACCAGCCAAUGAAGCCCAUAUAUCCUCAAACCUGAAGACCCUCAACCAGUACAGCAUUCCAGAGAUCAACCACCGUUUAAAAAGCUACAUGAAGUUCCUGUUUGUCCGUGAGCCUUUUGAGAGACUGGUGUCAGCCUACAGGAACAAGUUCACCCAGAAGUACAACACCUCCUUUCACAAGAGAUACGGUACCAAAAUUGUGAGGCGCCAAAGGAAAAAUGCCACCCAGGAGGCUCUGCGUAAAGGUGAUGAUGUGAAAUUCGAGGAGUUUGUGGCAUAUCUCAUUGAUCCAAAUACCCAAAGAGAAGAACCUUUCAAUGAGCACUGGCAAACUGUCUACUCCCUCUGCCACCCCUGCCAUAUCCAUUAUGACCUCAUAGGAAAGUAUGAAACACUUGAAGAUGAUUCCAAUUACAUCCUUCAACUUGCAGGAGUAGGCAGCUACCUGAAGUUCCCCACCUAUGCAAAGUCUACGAGAACUACUGAUGAAAUGACCACAGAGUUCUUCCAGAACAUCAGCUCGGAACACCAAACGCAACUGUACGAAGUCUACAAACUUGAUUUUUUAAUGUUCAAUUACUCAGUGCCAAGCUACCUGAAACUGGAAUGAAGGGGAGAAGGAAGAAAGAAAGCCUGUUUUAUUUAAGAUUUUUAUUUGUCAUAAUAAAUAUGGAGAAUUGUUAUUUUGUAAAUUAAUAUUUUCUUUUUGAAUGAUGCUGCGAGCAGCACAGUCAAAAUUAUUUAAAUCAUCUGUAAGAAAGGACAGUUCUCUUUGCGGGGUAACAGGAUGGUGAUGAUCUCGCUUUAGAAAUGAAUAUUACUGCUACAUUGUUUAUAAACGUUAAUUGUGUUCUGGUGAAUUUCAUUUAUCUUUGCAUUCAACAAAUUCUAAUUAAUGUUAUUUAUACUUAUUUAAAACAUGGUCUCUUGGUAGGUUUCACUUUAGCAGCAGAAAUACAAUAAUAUUUGGACAAAGGGAAUCUGGUUUUGUGCUUUCCUCAGCUGAAUUGAUUUGUAUAUUGUUACUAGCCAUAUGUUUUGGAAACCCUAGUAGAAAUAAUUUCUUCCAAGGUGAUUCUGCACUUAAAGCAAAAUUAAAAAGUUAUCUUCUCAUACAAGAAAGAAAAAUAUGAAACACAUUUUGUUACAAAAAUAUUUAAAAUCCAGGACUAAAAGAAAUUGCUUUCUUCAAGGGAUACAUUCAAGCAUACAUUUUUCUUAUCUGGAUGGGGUAAUAUCACCAAUAUCGUUCGUGUCCCAGUGCCUGGCAUUUCCAAGCCUGCCAGCCCAAUGAAUGCUGACAGGGAUUUGUGCAUAUUACAUACCAACAAAGUAUGUGCCAAGAGUUUCUAAAUUAACUAGAGAUUUUGAAUGCUCAACUUGAGCCACCUUAAUGGAGGCCUGAUUUCAGCAAGUGGGUGCUUAACGUUUUCUAAAAAAAUCAGGCCCUUUUAAAAGAUUUCAAGUUGGGCACCUAAACUCACUAGUCACUUCAGAGAAUCUUGGCAAUAAUAAGUUUUUAUAUACUAUAUAGGCAUCCAAAAAGAUCACCUUCAUAUUGAUCUGAGCAUACGGGGCAAUAAAAGCACUCCUGUAUCCUUAAUACAUGUUGGUUUCAUGGCCUCUCCCCUCCAAGGGUAGUGUUGUUUUCUGUUUAUUAGUCAAUAUUAAACACCAUUGGUGAGCGUGUUUCUAAUUUCCAGCUGUUUAAUUCUGCACCUGAGUUAAGUCUAGUAUGAGAACAUGACCCUUUGAUGUAAGGUGAAUGUUUCAGUAGCAGUUGCUCUGUAUAUAACAUUUGUUGAGAUGAAAUAUUGUACGAGGAGGAGUAGAUUAUUUUGUUAUAUGGAGAAUGUUUUGAACAAACAAAGUAUGGAUAAUUUAGUCACUAUAAAUAAGAAAAAAUGGUAUUCUAAUCUAGAACUAUUAGCAAACUCAGUGCGAAGAAUACAGACUUCUCCAACUGCAAAAUUUAUUUAAUUUUAUCUGCGUUGGAUGUAAAUGGGAUCCAGCAGUGGGUACGCUAUUUAUGAAAUAUCAUGUACUCACUACUGAGCUAUCUUGACCUGGAGAGGUAGCAGAGGGAACUAAUUCACUACAUUGCUUUACCACUUUCUUGUGGCUUAUUUUCCUGUAGCUGAAAAUGGAACAGUGGAAUUUGUUUGAACCAGGUGUUGAUAAUCUAGGCUGUCACUUUGACAAGUGAAAAGUUCUUUAUUACCAUAAAGGCUAUAGAUUUUACAAAAAUCAAAGAUUGCUAUUGAUUUUGCAAACAUUCAUUGGGCUGGGAUUUUGUUUUGCAAAAAACAAGGUGAUGGGUAAAAAAAAAAAACACUUUCAAAGGUGCCUAUGUGAUUUAGGAGCCUACAUGUGAUGCUUUUUUACUUCGAGUUGUCCAUAUCCAUCUCUCACUAUAAUCAAAUUCCCAACGUUCAAGAAGUUGUGAGGAGGGUUAGAUAAAACAGCUUUGCUUUUGACCCAAUUUAUCAGUCUCUGGGCUAGACCCUGGAAUUACACAGAUUUACAAUUGUGUCAGUCACCAGGACCCACACAGACAUUGUUGACUUUUAAAGCGGACGAGGACUUAGAGAAAAUAGGAGUUGGUCCUAUUUUGCAAAGCUAUUGCUGGACAAAAAUCUCAGUCAGGACAAAGUAACAAAGCUAACAAGAAGCAACUAACAUACUUUCACAGCUGAAAUUUGGCCUUUAAAAAAAAAAAAAAAAAAAACACCACACCCCCCUCCUGUCAAUUCUAAAAUGAACAUUUUAUAUAUAAAACCCAGAUACUAUUUGGGAGAGAGGAUAGCAGCAGGGCUAGUACGCAAUUGGCUGGCUGAAUUUAUGAAUUCCUAAGUGGUUUCUGAUUGCCUACUCGUUUUUUACUUGAAAGCAGUUUUGUCUUGGAUAGCGUGUGUGGGAUCUGGUGCAAGUGCCUAUCACAGGGUGUGCCCGGUCUUUCUUUUAUUAUGUAGUUCACUGGUUAUAUAUUUGCUUUUUUUAAAACCCCAUCUACACUGAUAGUGGAUUUUUUUCUACAAGUUAUUUAUAGGUUGUAUCUGCUUGCUCAAUGCUGUGCCUGGCAGUAUUAGUAUUUUAGUCCAAUUUUCUCUAUCAUCCGUUGGGUGUUUUUUCCCCAUUUACAGGAAGUUAUUUUUAAAUUGUCAUGUAAGAAAAAAUGCUGGUCAGUAAAUUUUUAAAAACUAAGGAACGAUGCACUUUCCCUCCGUCUUUUUGUUUCUACUCAUCCCUUGUCAUCACCACAAUUUCAUCUGUUCUUAUAUAUUCUCUUUCAUUUGACUGUUUUGUGGGCACAUUUUAUUUCAUGUUUUUUGAUAAAAAGCACUGGGUGAAGAACGUUUGGAAAAAUGAGGAAGUUGCUAUUAAAAGAACCAAGAUUUUCAACAGCAGCCGGUGAUUCAGAUGCCUAAACUGAGGCACUUUAAAGAAGCCUGAUCUCAGAAGGCAGGUGCACUUUCUGAAAAUCCUUAUCAAAGGGGUCUCAAAUGGGGCACCCAAAAUCGUUUGUUGUUCUUGAAAGUCUUGGGCCUAGAUUAUCACAGGGUGUUGAUUUAAAUAAGGUGGAACAAAUUUGACAACAUUGAGCAUAGUUUAAAAAAAAAAAAAGAAAAGAAAAGAAAAGAAAAAACAAUUGACAAAUAGAAUAUGGUAAUAUCCUACUUCCUAAUUGGGACUAAACAAGAGGAUCUACUUAAAACUACAGGGUGUAUUGAUUUGACUGAGCCAGAUUUUCCUUUGCCUGAACCCAUAGAGAUAUGGCUCUGAGGAUCUUCCGGUAUAUUCAAAAAGGCACCAUCCUUUCACAGUGAAGAGACUGGCAGAAAAACAGGAUUUCUCUUUUUCUCCCACAAUUUCCCAAACCCAAGAUAAAAGAUCGAAUCCAGCAAUGGAAUUCAGAGCAUACCUAUAGCAGGAUUAGGCCCCUAGCCCUUGCCUUGUAACCAUUUAUCCUUAAUUCCACUAACACAUCACUCACACCUAAUAUUUGUUAAGACCAAUGCAAACUUCACACAACAGGGGUUCCAUAAGUGUAGUUUGACUUAAUUUUUUGGGGGGGAGGGGAGGCUGAGGGGAAGCAGUUCCAGUCAGGGCCAUGGAGGAGGAGGGGGGUGCAAAUUCCAUGCCUGCCUGAGGCUUGCAGAUUUGGAGGGAGGGGGGCAAAGUGACCAGAGCUGAAAAAUAAGAGUAUAAAACUAAGUACAAAACGUUGAUCCCAAACAGUACAUACAAAUCCUGAGGCCAUGUCUUCAUGCUCUGAUAGUUGUUACCAGUGUUGUUAGAGUAGUUUGUCUGCAGUGGAUCCAAACCUGUAAGCUUCUGGGACUCCAAACUAUACUGAGUCCACAUCAUGAAAUGUCAUCUAGUUAGAGUUCACAGAAAUCAGACUUCCUCCAUGCUUCAGCCUCCUUAAAAAUAUGUUUAGAGACCUUUUCAGAGACUGUCUAACCAAGUCUUACACACUGCAACAGCAAAGUGCUUUUAGAAGUAAAUUGACCCCUGCUGUUUUAAGGUUAACUGUAGUCUGCUGCACUUUUCAGGUACAAAAAGGGACUGUCCUUACUAUUACUCUUGUUACAGAGAGUGUUAUUUUCUUACAUGCAUGCACAAUACAUGUACAUAUAAUUUAACAUCAAUGUGCGGUUUGAUUUUUUUUCCCCACCUAUUUGUAUGCAGUAGAAGGCUUGUUGUAGAAAAGUAUCUCCUCAUAGAUGAAUAUACUAUUAAUAAAACAAACAAAAAAAAAAGCUAACUUAUACAUUGCCAACAAAAGUGUGAACUGCUCACAAAUCUUUCCCUGAAGAGAAAAAAAAGCCAUUCAAGCCUGAUUAUUUUUCUAAUUAACUUCAAUUAAAUUGAAGAAAGAGUU